AUGCGAGAGACAAAGGUGAAGGAGAUGAUUAGCUUUAUUAGAGACGAAGGCGGAGUGAAUCUUGGAAUUCCUGAUUUCUUGCUAUGGAAUUCGAUAUCGACUGUCGAUAAUUUUGGGGCGAAGAUACUCAAACAAACUUUGUCGGUCAUCUUUUUCAUACUCUCCAGCAAAAAAAACAUUCGUACUUUCAAGGAUGAUGAGAGAAUCAUAAAAGGUAAAAAGAUCAGUGAUGAGCUCAUCGGAUCCAUUAAAGAUUCAAAAUUCUAUAUCAUUGUUUUUUCCAAGAACUAUGCAUCUUCAUCUUGGUGCUUGGAUGAGCUUGUGAAGAUAAUGGAGUGCCAUAGGACGACAGAGCACACUGCGUACACUGUCUUCUAUGACGUGGAACCCUCGGAAGUCCGCAAACAAAGUGGGGCAGUUGGAGAAGCAUUUGCCAAGUAUGAAAUGGAAGAGGCUGAUGGGAAAUGGAGGGUGGCUCUAAAAGAAGCAGUGGACCUUGCUGGGUGGGAGUUGAAGAAGACUACUGAUGGGUAA